UAACCUCUGAAUGAACCUUGUGAAGAACACUUUGCCCUUUACCUUACGUCUGAAAUGAAAGUACACAGCACUGACUAGAAGAAGAAAUAAGUUGGAGAAACUAUAUUUCAAGCUACAUAUUUCAAGCUACAUAUUCAAGGAGGAAAGGGAGAAUUGUGCUGUAAAAAGAAGGGCUUGGUAAAGAGGGAAGAAGACUACAGCAAUACAAAGACUGAGAAGAGGAAAUCUUGUCCUGUUCAGGAGAACAUAUCUGUGAAAUUCUGGCAUAAUAUUUGAAUCAUAAACGUAAAAGAAUGGAAAAUCUCAAUUCCUUAUCAAAAUCACACACAGGGGAGAAGCGACAUAAUUGUAUGGAAUGUGGGAAAUGUUUCACUGGGAGAAGUUCUCUUACUACACAUCAACGAACUCACACAGGAGAGAAGCCUUAUAAAUGCGUGGAAUGUGGAAAGAACUUCAGUCGGAGUGAUGAUCUGCGUACCCAUCAAAGGACCCACACAGGAGAGAAGCCGUAUAAAUGCAUGGAAUGUGGAAAGAACUUCAGUCAGAGUACACAUCUGUAUAUCCAUCAAAGAACCCACACAGGGGAGAAACCACAUACAUGCAUGGAAUGUGGAAAGAGCUUCAGUCAGAGUGGAGAUCUGCGUAUCCAUCAAAGGAUCCAUACAGGGGAGAAGCCACAUACAUGCAUGGAAUGUGGAAAGAGCUUCAUUCAUAGGGGCCAUCUCCGUUCCCAUCAAAGGACCCAUACAGGGGAGAAGCCAUAUAAAUGCAUGGAAUGUGGAAAGAGCUUCAGUCACAGUAUGAGUCUGCGUAAUCAUCAAAGGACCCAUACAGGAGAGAAGCGACAUAACUGCAUAGAAUGUGGAAAGAACUUCAGUCGGAGUGAUUGUCUGCGUACCCAUCAAAGGACCCACACAGGAGAAAAGCCACAUACAUGCACGGAAUGUGGAAAGAGCUUCAGUCGCAGUGCGAGUCUGCGUAGCCAUCAAAGGACCCAUACAGGAGAGAAGCCACAUACAUGCACGGAAUGUGGAAAGAGCUUCAGUCAAAGAACAUCUCUGCAUAGCCAUCAAAGGACCCAUACAGGAGAGAAGCCACAUACAUGCACGGAAUGUGGAAAGAGCUUCAGUCAAAGAACAUCUCUGCAUAUCCAUCAAAGGACCCACACAGGAGAGAAGCCGUAUAAAUGCAUGGAAUGUGGAAAGAACUUCAGUCAGAGUACACAUCUGUAUAUCCAUCAAAGAACCCACACAGGGGAGAAACCACAUAAAUGCAUGGAAUGUGGAAAGAGCUUCAGUGAAAAUAGGACUUUGCGUAUCCAUCAAAGAACCCACACAGGAGAGAAGCCCCAUAAAUGCAUGGAAUGUGGAAAGAGCUUCAGUGAAAGUGGGACUCUGCGUAUCCAUCAAAGGACCCAUACAGGAGAGAAGCCGCAUACAUGCAUGGAAUGUGGAAAGAGCUUCAUUCAUAGGGGCCAUCUCCGUUCCCAUCAAAGGACCCAUACAGGAGAGAAGCCACAUAAAUGCAUGGAAUGUGGAAAGAGCUUCCGUCACAGUGUGAGUCUGCGUAUCCAUCAAAGAACCCACACAGGGGAAAAGCCACAUCAGUGCAUGGAAUGUGGAAAGAGCUUCAGUCAGAGUGCGAGUCUGCGUAACCAUCAAAGAACCCACACAGGAGAGAAGCCACAUAAAUGCAUGGAAUGUGGAAAGAACUUCAGUCACAGUGUGAGUCUGCGUAUCCAUCAAAGAACCCACACAGGGGAGAAGCCACAUAAAUGCAUGGAAUGUGGAAAGAGCUUCCGUCACAGUGUGAGUCUGCGUAUCCAUCAAAGAACCCACACAGGGGAAAAGCCACAUCAGUGCAUGGAAUGUGGAAAGAGCUUCAGUCAGAGUGCGAGUCUGCGUAACCAUCAAAGAACCCACACAGGGGAGAAGCCACAUAAAUGCAUGGAAUGUGGAAAGAGCUUCCGUCACAGUGUGAGUCUGCGUAUCCAUCAAAGAACCCACACAGGGGAAAAGCCACAUCAGUGCAUGGAAUGUGGAAAGAGCUUCAGUCAGAGUGCGAGUCUGCGUAACCAUCAAAGAACCCACACAGGGGAGAAGCCACAUAAAUGCAUGGAAUGUGGAAAGAGCUUCAGUCAGAGUGGACAUCUGCGUACCCAUCAAAGAACACACACAGGGGAGACGCGAUAUAACUAUAUGGACUGUGGGAAAUGUUUCACUGCGAGAAGUUCUCUUACUACACAUCAACGAACUCACACAGGAGAGAAGCCAUAUAAAUGCGUAGAAUGUGGAAAGAGCUUCAGUCAGAGUGGAAAUCUACGUACCCAUCAAAGGACGCACACAGGGGAGAAGCCACAUAAAUGCAUGGAAUGUGGAAAGAGCUUCAGUCAGAGUGGAUAUCUGCGUAUCCAUCAAAGAACCCACACAGGGGAGAAGCCACAUAAAUGCAUGGAAUGUGGAAAGAACUUCAGUCAGAGCGGAAACUUGUGUUCCCAUCAAAGGGCCCACACAGGGGAGAAGCCACAUAAAUGCAUGGAAUGUGGAAAGAGCUUCAGUCAGAGUGGACAUCUUCGUUCCCAUCAAAGGACCCACACAGGGGAGAAGCCACAUAAAUGCAUGGAAUGUGGAAAGAGCUUCAGUGAGAGUGGGACUCUUCGUAACCAUCAAAGGAUCCACACAGGGGAGAAACAUAAAUGCAUGGAAUGUGGAAAGAGCUUCUCUCAGAGUGGAAUUCUGCAUGUCCAUCAAAGGACCCACACAGGGGAGAAGCCACAUAAAUGCAUGGAAUGUGGAAAGAGCUUCAGUCAGAGUGGAAAUCUGCGUACCCAUCAAAGAAUCCACACAAGGGAGAAGCCGCAUAAAUGCAUGGAAUGUGGAAAGAGCUUCAGUCUGAGUGGACAUCUGCGUACCCAUCAAAGGACCCAUACAGGAGAGAAGCCACAUAAAUGCAUGGAAUGUGGAAAGAGCUUCAGUCAAAGUGGGACUCUGCGUAUCCAUCAAAGAACCCACACAGGGGAGAAGCCACAUAAAUGCAUGGAAUGUGGAAAGAGCUUCAGUGAAAGUGGGGCUCUGCGUAUCCAUCAAAGAACCCACACAGGGGAGAAGCCACAUAAAUGCAUGGAAUGUGGAAAGAGCUUCAGUCGGAGUGACAGUCUGCAUUCCCAUCAAAGAACCCACACAGGGGAGAAGCCACAUAAAUGCAUGGAAUGUGGAAAGAGCUUCAGUGAAAGUGGGACUCUGCGUAUCCAUCAAAGCACCCACACAGGGGAGUGGAAAGAGCUUCAGUUGCAGUAGGAGUCAGUGUUCCCAUCAAAGAACCCACACAGAGGAGAAGCCACAUAUUGUAUAUACUUGAGUAUAAGCCGACCAAAUAUAAGAGGAGGCAUCUAAUCUUACCACAAAAAUUGGGAAAACUUAUUGACUUGAGUAUAGGCUGAGGGUGGGAAAUGCAGCAGCUAUUGGUAAAUUUCAAGAAUAAAAAUAAAAAUAGAUAUCAAUAAAAUUAUAUUAAUUGAGGCAUCUAUAGGUUAAGUGUUUCUGAAUAAUUGCAUAAAACUGUAAUUUAAGAUAAGACUGUCCAACUCUGAUUAAAUCAUUAUUCUAACCUCCUUCAGUGUAAAUGUGCUUAUGUAUCCUUCCAACAAUAAGAAAUAGGGUAAAAUAAUAAAUGUAAUAAUAAUAAUAAUAACCAUGGAGUAAAAUAUUAAAUGUAUUAAUAAUAAUAAAUAGGGUAAAAUAAUAAAUGUAAUGAUAGCGUAAAAUAAUAAGUUAAUAAAAACAAUGAUAACAUAAAACAAUGUAAUAAUAAUAAAUAGAGAAAAACAAUAAUAUUAACAGAAUAAAAUAAUAAUUGUAGUAAUAGCGAUAGAAUAAAAUAAUAAAUGUAAUAAUAAUAAUAACAGUAAAAGAAAUGUAAUAAUAAUAGAAUAAAAUUGUAACAUGAGGAAGAACUUCCUGACUGUGAGAGCUGUUCAGCAGUGGAACUCUCUGCCCCGGAGUGUGGUGGAGGCUCCUUCUUUGGAAGCUUUCCAACAGGCUGCUUCUUGGCUGAAUGGGGUUGGACUGGAUGAUGGCCCAGGAGGUCUCUCCCAACUCAAGGAUUCUAUGAAACGAGAUUGGGACACUUGUUUAUUGUGGGUUUUAGGAAUGAGUUUACUAUAUUUAGAAACAGAAGACUAAAUAUAGAACAGCAAUUAGAGUGAGUAAAUAUAAAUAAAAAUCAGCAUGCGGCAAGAGUUGUCUUGAUCCGUUGUUCUCUUAGUUUUCUUCUUAUUAUGUGGGUGUGUGUUGUUCAGUCUUUCAUGUUUGUUAAGGAUUCCUUUUUUAAAAUCCCAAAAUUGUAAUUUGUAUAAACAUGCUUUUCUUUCUUGCCUUUGAAUAAAAAUUAUUUUGAAAAACCA